AUGAAAUAGCUCAUUCGGAUUAGCUGCACGAAGUCGUACGAAGUUUUUUCGUGUGACAGCUGUCUAAAAUUCCACAAAAUGAGCGAAGAAAAUAAGUGUUGUGUGAAAAAAGAUAAUUUAGCGGCAAAAGAAAACGCGGCAGUUGCAAAGGAGCGUGAAGAUCGUAUUCGGAUGGUUAGAGAGCGCCAGAAUGAGGAGAGGCAGCGAAAGCUGGAAGAGCUCAAGGCGCAAGCUCUAGCGGCUCAGCGUUUCCGGGAGCAGAAGGAAGAGGAGAGGCGGAGACGUUUGGAGGAAUCGCGUUCGCGGGAUUUCGAUCGGCGUCACCAAGUGGAAGAGCGGAAGAAGGCAAUUCAGGAUGCUGAACGCGAAAGACGCGAAUAUCUCCUGAGGAAGAAUCAGGAACGUGAGGCACGUUUCGAAUCAAAGCGUCGCAAUGAACGUAGCUCCAUUGUUUUUGCAUUUGGAUCAUCCACGCCGCGACUUUUGGAUCCCGGAGAAAUGGGCACGGUUUCUCCAAGUCAAUUCUGGAAUCACAGACGAGCCACUUCUAUUAGCAAUAUCGCGUACUCUGGUGCUCCUUUGACUCGUCGCAGUUCAGAACGAGAGCUAAAUGAGGCACCGAAAAAACGAGCCACUUCAGCAACAGCUCUCGAUCGACAGCGCGAAGAUUACCAUCGAACGUCCAACUCAAUGUAUGAAGUGUUUAAUUGGGGUUAUGCAAAUGACGAGCGACGUCCGUGCAAAAAACUGCAAUUAUCAAUAGCUGGACCCUCAAUAAAUAUCGAUGAUCCGGGAAACUAUAAAUCUAAUCACGACGGAGCAGGAAUCGUGACAACAAACGAUUCACCAACAGUAUCAUAUCGCAAUGUGGCUAGACGGAAAACAGAUUUAAUGCCAACUGUUCCUAGUCCUCGUGAUGGCACCAAUUAUGGCUCUAGGUCUUCAUUAGGUAGUCACACUCCUCGGAGUCCAGGUCGAGCUGUUUCUAUGACACGCUUGGAUCAAUUGGCACGUCCUGUGCGUCGCAAUGGUGAGCACAUAUGUGCAAUUCUGGAGCGAGAACGUCGCGAGGAGAUUGCACUCAAUUCGGGUGGAUCGUCACCGAUUCACCAAGGGCGCGACCUCCGGCCGAGAUCAUCGUCAGAGCGGAAGAUAAUGUCAAAAAGCAUGAUACACCUGGCAUCAACAAAGUGUCGAAAGAGCUUUCCACCAGUCGCAACGGGCAUUUCGCACGGCUUUGUGGGUGAUGGUCACACAUCAACGAUUACGAGGAGGUCACCGCUGAAAUUGUCGAGAAGUAUGUGCAAUUUGGAUAAAUCUAGUGGCGGCAGCACAAGGAAAAUUGAUGCUGUCGUCACAGUUAGGAAGGCAGAAUAUGCUAAAGAUUCCGUUGACAAAGCAGGAUUGAGAUCAGGGGAGGUGACACCAGGUGGAACUCUGUCUUCAAGACCAAAUAGCGCGAUGUCCAAUUCAACUGUUGUGUCCUCAACUGUUUCUAGAAGAUCAACAAUGACACCCCGUAAACCCAGACCUGCUAGUAUUGCAGUUACAGGCGUUUCUUUACCAAAUGGUAAUAAUGCAGAUGGGCAUAAGGGAUCAGUGAAACAGGAAAAACCACCAUUACCAAAAGUAACGGCACAGAUGAAGAAAUCUGCAGCCAUCUCAUCUUCUCUCAUGACGCGAUCAUUGGAUUUGUCUGGGAAGAAGUCACUUGAGAGGACUCCACUAAAGAGUCGUGGUUCGUCCAAGACUGCAACGCCACUUAUGUCGCCAGGAACGGAGAAAGAAAUCAAAAUGCCUUCGGAAAAGCCGACUCAGAGUCAAACGCCGAAAAUUGAGAAGCCAGUAAAGCAGGUAGUUAAUAAAGAAGAAGUGCAUGAUGUAGCAAAACAGGAGGAAGUAGUGAAGGAAGAGCUCAAGAAGGAAGUUCAGAAGAAGGAAGAUGUCAAGGAGGAAGAACCCAAAAAUGAAGUUAAAGAAGAACCAUUAGUGAUUACUGAAGAGGUGGACAAUAAGGAGGUUGUAGUAAAGCAGGAGGUUACGGAAAAUGGUGUGAAGGAAGAACAGAUUACAACAGUCACGGCGGAAAUUGAAAAUGAUGUUGAACAGAGUAAUGAACAGGAGGAUCCCAGUGAUGUAAUGUCAACGUCAAUGAUGUCCAAGAGUCGUAUAACGACUGAGGAAGAAGCAAAAGCAGCCCUGGCGGAAAGACGACGUUUGGCACGCGUUGAAGCAGAGCGUCAAGCAGAAGCUGAACGUUUACGUCUAAUUGCAGAAGCUGAAGCUGAGCAGAAACGUAUUGCAGAAGAGGAGGAGAAACAACGUCAGCUUGAACAGGAAGCUCUGAGAUUGGCGGAGGAACAGCGUAAGGCCGAGGAAGAGCGUUUAGCGCGUGCAAUUGAGGAGGCACGUAAACGGGAGGAGGAAGAGAAACUCCAGCGUGAAGCUGAAGCACGUCAGAAGGCAGAAAGGGAAGAGCAGGAGAAGAAAGCACGUGAAGAGGCAGAGAAGUUGCGAUUGCAGACAGCAGAGAGACUCAAGAAGGAAGAAAUUGAACGUGAGGAACGACGAAAGAGGGUGGAAGCUAUAAUGCUGAGGACAAGGACAAAGGGGUCCGUUAGUGGUACUCCUACAAAGGGAAGUGGAGACGAAAAAGCCAGUAAUGAUGCGAAGGAAGACACUUCAAACAGUGGUUCUGGGCAAGAGCAGACGAAGCAAGAGACUGAAUCCUCUCAUAAUCAAACAAAGAACAUUCCAAGCAUCAACAAUCAACCGGACACAGUGACAGAGAAAGCGCAAAUGGAGCAGCAACAAAUGAGUUAUGAGAAAUCAGUUACUGAAAAGGAAAACUCACUGCUGGGAAGCUUCACUCACAUUGUGGACGGUAUCAAUAAUAAGUCCAACCACAUCCAUGGGCAGUCAGUGAUUGGAGAUGGCCACCAGGAAAAUGUUCUCAUCCCCGAUGUGAUUAACAACAAAGUGCUAAACAAUUCGACAGAAAAUGGCUUCAAGAAUAGCGGAGUCGAUAACAUACUAAGCUCUGUAGAUUGCACGAAUAAUGUGGUUGAUUCCAAAGUACUCGCCAUGAAUCAGGAUAAUGCUAAACAACCGGAUCAGCAGUUGAUUGACUUCGACAGUUUGCCGCAGCAGCAACAGAUUGAGGAUGUUUUCAACUACAACAACAAUAACGAUAGAGCGAAUACGACUUCAGCUAUCCCGUCACUAGUCACUGCAGAUAGUCAGGAAAAUAGAGAUAUUUCUCUGUUCUAAAGAUAAUAAAAUUAAAUUGUGGAAAAAAAGGUGGAAAUGUGAGAGUCUAAGAUAUAAUAAUUGUAUAAAGGAUCUACUAUAUAACUACAUACAUAUAUGAAAAAAAAACUACAUAAUGAGAGAUUAACUUUUCACCUUUAGUUCGGGAGCUGAGGGAAAGAAAGUGAAAACUGAAAGUAAAAAAAAAUAUUUAAAAAAAUAAAUAAAACAAUAUAGGCUUCAAAUAUUGCAGAAAAGCCAAAGUUAAUAUCACAAAAGAUGAUGGUGAGCGAAAAAAUACACAAUUCCUAGUAAUUAUGUUACAUUUUAAUUAUUUAACGUGCAUCUUUAAUGUAUUAAAAAAAAAGAAAAGAAUUUAGCACAAAAAGCUAAUUAAUCUUAAAAAGUAUAUAUUAAUAUCUCUGACAUUGAAUGUUAAGGAGAAAAUUGUGCAGAGAGAUGUCAAAGGAUUCAUAUAAAGAAAAAAAAAACAUCAUUGAUCUUUUUCCCGUAUUUAGAGGCAACUUGUAUAGGAAAAAAAUAUAACAAAAAGCUACUUCAAGCAAAUUUCUCUGAAAGAAAAUGAAGAAGAAAAGAGAUAAUUAAUUAAAGAAAUCUAAUUGUCUGAUUACCGUGAAAAAAUAAAUACCUAUAUAUACAUUUCCGAAGGGAACACUAACUAAAGAACGCAUAUUAGGCAAAGAAUGAAUUGCACCAAUAUAUAUUUAUUUGAUGUGAGAGCGGUAAACAUUUUUAGAAAUGCCCAAAAGAGUUUAUUGUUGAAUAGGAAUAUUUAUUAAAAGGAAGAAGAAAAAAAAGAAGAAAAUGUGGGUGCAGCGUGAAGAGAAAAAAAGGAAAAAAAACAAACAGGUGGUCAUUUAUAUUGGUGGUUUGUGCAUUUUGCUACACUGUAGAAUCAUUUUAUCAAACGUACUAUUUGUUAAUAAUAAAAUUAUGUUUUUACAAAAAUUAUACCUACUUUAAAAAAUUUUGAUUAUUUUUAUAGAGAGAAAAAAAUGACUGUAGAGUGAAAAAAACAAUUUGAAAUUUGUUCUGUUGCCUUACCCGUGUUUUUAUAUAACUUAUGUACAAUUUAUUCUUUUUUUUUUCAACAAUAUAACGCUAUUAUAAUAAAAAAUAUAAAAAUAUACUAAUUAAAUUCACUGUGAACACAA